AUGCCUCAAAGGACUGAAAUAAUAGAAGCCAUACGCUGUAAACUGCAGGAGGCCACUGAAUGUGCGGAGUUUGAUUUCCUCCGAUCGGUGACGGUCAAUGUGGAUAAGCUGCUGUCGAGCCUGUCUGUGCCCCUGGUCUCCAGGAGAACCUUCUCCGCAGAAACUGAAGUGGAUGCCAAGGCCAGAGCUCUCUACCCUGAAGAUGCUCCAGCGGACAUGGUCCCGUUGGCCUGCAAGGGUGAGGGGAAUCAUCUCUUUGAAGCAGCCAGCAUGCUGCUGAUGGGAGACACCAGCCUCAGCACGGAGCUGCAGCUGAGGACGAUGGUGGAAAUGCUCCUCCACAAGCAGUACUACCUGAAGGGCAUGAUCGACUCCAAGGUCAUGCUGCAGGCUGCCCGGUACUCCCUGUGCACCGAGGAGUCAGCCGAGAAGAUGAACCUGCCCAUGGACAUCCUGGAAGCCAUCUUCGAUGCGGAUGUCAAGGCAACCUGCUUCCCGGGCACCUUCACCAACAUGUGGCACGUCUAUGCCCUGGCGUCGGUGCUGCAGAGCAACGUCUACUCCAUUUACCCCAUGAGCAACCUGAAGAUCCGCCCGUACUUCAAUCGCCUGAUCCGGCCCAGAACCCGCUCGCCGGGGCCGGAGCUGCGGACCCUGCACUUCAUGUGGGCUGGCGAGCGGCUAUCCCAGGCCGUCUUUAAGCCCCAGUAUUUUGCGCCCAUUGUCCCCAUCCAAGACGUCCGGUGCCAAGGUCUAGACGGAGCCGAGUCUCUCCUACCCCUGAAGACGCUGGAACUUCUGAACACCGACCCGGACAUCUCCUACUCUGUGCUCCGAGAGAAGUACAGCAUCACCAAGAGUACUUUCUAUCGCUGGAAAAAGCAGUCUCGCGAGCACCGGCGCAAAGCGGCCACACGCUACGAGGCCAAGCACUACCUGCAAGAAUCCUUCGCCGGCGGCAACUUCCUGCCCUUGCAGCAGUUCCGAAGCCGCUUCCCCGAAAUCUCCCGGUCCACCUACUAUGCCUGGAAGCACGAGAUUCUGAUGGCGGGCAAUGGGGCACCGGGACACCAACCCGCGGGAGAGCAGGAGUUCGACCUGAGCGGGCGAGUGAGGCGCGAGAGUUGGUCCCCGCUGUCCGGGGGCUCAGAGAGCGAGACCGCAGACCUUUCCAAAGUGGCCGGCGGCAGCGGUAUCAGGCCUUUCAAUGGCCAGCGGUCGCCCUCGAAGCAACUUGCUAAAAAGUUCCUCAGGGAGUGCGUCCUCCUCAACAUGUGCCCCCCUUACAAGAGCUUCAGGAAAAGUUAUCCCUGGAUUUCCAGAUCCAGCUACUAUAACUGGAGGAGAGAGGCGAUGAGCUGUGCGGGGCUAAAAGCCCACGUGGCUGUUUCUGGCUUUGGCAAGGUGCCAGCGGCCAACCCUGAGGUCGGUGUGCCCAAUCCGCUCCCUGAGGCAGUGGGCCAGCUGGCACCGAGCGGCAGGACAAGAAGUCGCCCGUGGGGCCCUAAUGGUUUCGUCCAUGAUAAGGUCACCACCACCUCCUACUUGCAGAAGGUGAGACAAGAGGAAGCCAAGAGGCGAGCGCAAAAAUGGCAGAUCCCCCUGUCCACCUUCCGCGUGAGAUACCCGUCCAUCUCCAGCUCCACCUUCCUGAGGUGGAGAGGUUCCGGCGCCUCCAAGAGAACGAGGGUGAAGGUGAGGAGACCCCACAAAGGGGGGACGUCGGCCAGACGCAGAGAGCGUGUACGCUGGGCGGAGGCGCAAUCGGACGAGGAAUCCUUAAGCCCCGGCGGUGUGGCAGCGUUGAACUGUCCGACCCCCGGGGAGCCAGCCAAACAGCCGCUGGUUGUCGGCACUUUACAGGGAAUGUCCUCCAAAGCCAAGGCCAAGCUUUUCCUUCAGCGCCGCUAUGUGUCGAAGAACUUUCCAACGUUUCGAGAGUUCAGCAGUUACUUCCCCCUGACUCCCCGCUCGACCUAUUACAUGUGGAAGCGAGCGCUGUGUAACGGGAUAAUACUGAUGGAUUGCUGA